GCUCGGCUCGGGAACAGUUUGAGCAAGGUCCAAGGAUUUGUGCGCUGCCGUCAAGAGUCUGCGCAAAAGCAAGUGUGCAAAACACUUUUUGAGCAUUCGAGGGCGCUGUUGCAGCGAGGAAGAGGGGGCAAAUGCAGGAGAGCACAUUGCACUUCAAUAACGGUACACCGGCCGCACUGAGAAGGAAUAGAGGCAAUCUGGCGCGCUGAAGUUAUUUGACAAAUUGCCCUGCAGUGUUUGGAGCAAAUCUCUGAUGGUAAAACUUGAAGCUGAGGGUAUAAACAGUUGACGGGCACACGCUGCAAGGAAGUUGCAAAAAACAAUAGCGGUCCUGAGCUAUAACUUAAAUCUUCAUCAGCAUACGGCUCUGGUUGCCAAAGGCACCCUCCUUCCUGACACAGAAAGUUCGAUUAAUAAAGUGCCAGCAGUCCUGUUUUACAUUCGACUUGGACUUAGAGAGUGACUAGGGCAUCGAGCUAGCUAGUUGCCCCUGUAAGCUGCAAACUCAAUUGAAGCAGCUUUGCUCCAAGCUCAACCGGCAACUGGUCACAGGAUCUUGCUCAAAAGAAGAUAUUAUGUUACACAACCACAGUGAGCGGUUCCCAUCAGCAAGGGAAAGGCCACUGCAAACGUGCGGCUUAGCAGAGUCCGCUGAAAAAGAUGGUUGUUGAGAGGGAUCUGUACCAGGCCUAUGACACAAUUCGGAACGAAGCCUAUCGAGCAAGCUCAAACAAUCUUAACAUCUAUGUAUCAGCCAACGAAACAGACUCCAUCGUCUCACUCAGAUUGUUGACGGAACUUCUGAAAGGCGACACAAUCACUUACUCAGUUUUCCCAGUAAGCGGUUAUGAGGAUAUCCAACGGCAUGCGGACAAGGGGAUCAGUCAAAAUGAUGAGUACUGCUGCGCCAUCCUGUUGAACUGCGGUGGGACAGAGGACCUCGCAGCCAGGCUCAACAUAGGAGCAAAGACAACUCUAUUUGUGAUCGAUAGCCACCGCCCCCUCCACCUGCACAACUUGAGCAGCAAGAACAAGCAGGUGGUUGUUGUAUAUAAUGAAGAUGACGCUGCAGAUCAGGAUAAUGCAUACCCUGAACUUGCGGACCUGAUACGACGGUCCGAUCCGGCCAGUGACAAUGACUUGACCGAAGACGAGGACGAGGAGGCAAGCAGUAGUGAGAGUGACGAUGGCUAUGCAAGUAGCGAUCAUGAGGGACCCUCACAUCGGCCAGAGAAGCGGCGACGAAAAGUGGGGCCUGGGGGAACCUUUUCACCGGUUGGACGGAGAAAAGAGAGGCAAGAGUGGCAAAGGCAAAAGAGCGAGUACUAUGCCCGGGGUUCGUUUUACGGGCGGGCCUGCGGGUUGACGUUGUACCGGAUGGCGCACCUUCUAAAUAGGACCAAAAACGAGUUGCUAUGGUACGCCAUCAUUGCGGUGACAGAUCAGUUCAUCCAUGAACGGCUGACCCUGGAAAGGUACCAGCAGGUCGUCAUUGAGCUAGAAAAGGACGUCGAGAUCGCCUCAGCGGACGACAACGUCCGGAACCCCUCCCACGUUAUCCUGGAGGACGGCAUCCGCAUCAGGAUCGGAGACUUCCACCGGAUCACCGCAGAGGACGAGCCCCGCUUGAUGCUCAUGCGGCACUGGACGCUCUACAACUCCAUAGCCUAUUCGUCAUACGUGGCUGCCAGGCUGAAGACGUAUACGGAGAGGGGUCGGCGGCAGCUGAACCUGAUGCUGGCCGACAUGGGCCUGCCGAAGAAGGAGUGCGAGCAGAAAUUUACGCACAUGCAUCCGGACGUCAAAGGUCGGUUGAAGGAGCAGCUCGAAAAGCUAGGCCCCCGCUUCGGCCUGGACGAGCUCUUCUUCCGGAGCUUCCAGCUGUCGCACGGCUACACGUCAGUCGUGUCAGCGGCUGACGUUGUGUACGGCCUGACGGCGCUCCUGGAGAUGACCGAGUACGAGGGGACCACGCAGAUGGACAACUUCUGGUCGGCCGUCAAUGCGCUCACCAAUCGCGUCGACCUGAACCACGGCAUCGAGCACGCCAAGACGGUCCAGGUUGCCACGAUCGACCAGGGCAGUUUAGCGAAGCAAAGCAAGAGAGUCCACUUCGGCAAGUACUUCAUGACGUUCGACCUGGAGGAUCCCAAGGACACGCGGAAACUGGCGCACCCGCUCGCGCUCUCCAAGCUGACGCUCUUUAUCAUGGACAUCAUGCUGGAGAGCGGCAAGAAGCGGAAGCCGGCUGUGUCGUGGGCCCGGAUGCCGGGCACCGACCGGCUGCUCGUGGUCGGAGUCCAGCCGCGACCGACGCUCGGAGAAGCGACGGGAAACCAACUCGGUAUCCUAUUUCACCGGGUAGCGGAGGAGCAGGGCCUGGAGUACCACCACGACGGGUUCGAGACGGCGUGGAUCAUGAUCAAAGCGAAAGACAAGCAGAAUUUUGAGCUCGCUCUGCACGACGCUAGCAUAGGGCGCAGGCAACGGAUACCAUGAGCUCGUGUAGACCGAUUGAUGAUCCAGAGGAGCCUACAUUCAUGUACACCGUAGUCCUCCGAGCACGACAGACAAAGACGGCCUUACUUUCCGCAUGCUCAAGCGUUCUAAUUCUACAUCAUCAAUGGCCGAACGACGCCGUUGCACGUGGG